CCCGCGUGUCCGCCAUAUUGGCGCCCGCGCCGCAGCCGCCGCGCGUUGUUCCUCCAUCUCCUGCCGGCGCGGCCGCCCGGAGCCGAGCGCGGGAGGGAGGGAAGGAGAGAGGGAAGGGAGCGCCGGCGCCGCCGGGAGGGAAGCGGGGCGAGGAGGAGACGGAAACGAGCGGGGCCCGCGUCCCCCCGCGCCCGCCCCCUGCGCCACCCGCCAUGGAGAGGAGGCCGGGCGGCCCCUGAGCGAGGAGCGCACGCACGCACGGACCGAGACUUGCCCCCGCCCGGCCCGGCCCGGCCCGGCCCGGCCGCCAUCAGCGGUGAGAAGCCGCCCGGCUCCCGCCUCCGCCGCGACAUGGAGGCUGUGAAAGCCUUUAACAGCGAGUUGUACUCGCUAAAUGAUUAUAAGCCACCCAUUUCUAAAGCUAAAAUGACACAGAUCACCAAGGCAGCAAUCAAGGCUAUAAAGUUCUACAAGCAUGUUGUACAGAGUGUUGAGAAGUUCAUUCAAAAGUGCAAACCAGAGUACAAGGUGCCUGGUCUGUAUGUCAUUGACUCCAUUGUGAGACAGUCCCGGCAUCAAUUUGGACAAGAAAAGGAUGUAUUUGCACCAAGAUUCAGCAAUAACAUCAUCAGCACUUUCCAGAACUUGUACCGUUGCCCUGGUGAUGACAAGAGUAAAAUUGUUAGAGUGCUAAAUUUAUGGCAGAAGAAUAAUGUGUUCAAGAGUGAAAUUAUUCAGCCUCUCUUGGAUAUGGCAGCAGGAAUUCCUCCUCCCGUUGUGACCCCUGUCUUGCCCAGCACUACAGCUGCUAUGAGCAACAAUACGCCAGGUACACCUGUGACUCCAGUUACCCCAGCCAAUGUGGCACAGAGUUUGCCUGAUCCUUGGGUAUCUCAGAUUGCUAACACAGACACCCUUGCUGCUGUUGCACAGAUUUUACAGAGUCCUCAAGGCCAACAGCUUCAGCAGUUGAUACAGACACUGCAGAUACAGCAGCAGAAACCUCAGCCUUCGCUACUUCAAGCUCUGGACGCUGGUCUCGUUGUCCAGUUACAGGCCCUCACAGCACAACUCACUGCUGCAGCUGCUGCUGCUAACACACUUAAUCCACUGGAACAGAGUGUCUCUUUUAAUAAGAAGCUGAUGGACAGGUUUGACUUUGGGGAAGAAUCUGAACAAAAUGAAGAGCCUAAAAAGGAAACUCCCUCUUCCCAAUUGCCAUUAGUACCAGAGUCUGUGAACAACUCACUUUUUCACCAGCUAGCUGAACAGCUACAGCAGCAAAAUUUAGAACAUCUCAGACAACAGCUUCUGGAGCAGCAGCAGCAGCCUCAAAAGGCAAGUCCUGAGGAGAAUCAAGAAGGAAACUUUGGUUCAGAGCACUCUGCGUCACCAUCACAAGGGAGUAGUCAACAGCAGUUUUUAGAAGUGGAAGCAAAUGUAGAUGAUUCCAUGGAUAUUCAACAACAGGACAUGGAUAUAGAUGAAGGUCAGGAUAUUGCUGAAGAAGAGAUUUUUGAACAAGAAGAAAAGAAAUCAGCUGUUCAUUCAAGAUCAAGAACUCGUUCAAGAUCUCGUUCAAGGUCACCAAGAAAACGAAGGUCUAGAUCACGGUCUGGUUCUCGUAAGCGGAAACACAGAAAACGUUCACGGUCGAGAUCAAGAGAAAGGAAGAGAAAGUCAUCUCGGUCAUACUCCAGUGAAAGAAGGGCUCGGGAAAGGGAAAAGGAACGUCAGAAAAAGGGAUUGCCUCCUAUACGGUCAAAAACACUAAGCGUUUGCAGUACUACUCUUUGGGUAGGUCAAGUAGACAAGAAGGCUACACAGCAAGAUUUAACAAACUUGUUUGAAGAAUUUGGACAAAUAGAGUCAAUUAAUAUGAUUCCCCCAAGAGGAUGUGCUUAUGUCUGUAUGGUACAUAGACAAGAUGCAUAUCGUGCUCUUCAGAAACUUAGUUCUGGGUCAUAUAAAAUUGGAUCUAAAAUUAUUAAGAUUGCUUGGGCUUUGAAUAAAGGUGUGAAAACAGAAUACAAGCAAUUCUGGGAUGUGGAUCUGGGAGUUUCCUAUAUUCCAUGGGAGAAAGUGAAAUUGGAUGAUUUGGAAGGCUUUGCUGAAGGUGGCAUGAUUGAUCAGGAAACAGUAAAUACAGAAUGGGAAACAGCCAGAAGCUCAGAAGCUGCUAAAGAAAAUACUCAAACAACGCAGAGUGCUACAGUGGAUAAGAGUACCGUUAUUACAACACAGACAGAAGCUUACACACAACCAGUCACUAUGCUGCAGAUUCCAGUAGCUCCAGCUGUGCCUGCUGUUAGCUUGGUUCCACCUGCGUUUCCUGUCACAAUGUCUGUCCCUCCUCCUGGUUAUAGCCCAAUUCCUCCUCCACCCUUCUUGAGAGCAAGUUUCAACCCUUCACAGCCACCUCCAGGUUAUAUGCCUCCUCCAGUUCCACCUGUUGUCCCACCACCUGUUGUCCCACCACCUGUUGUCCCACCAGUUGUUCCAACACCUUUAGUACAGCCUCCAUUACCAAUUGCACAAGAGACGAUGAAGGAUGUUCCUUUUACUGGCCUUGUUCUACCAGUUGGCACAGUUACUAGCAAUCUAGCUACUCCAACAUUGUCUGCUGGAAGUGUCUUUAAUCCCCUGCCAAUCAACAAACCAGAAUCAGAUGACAAAGGACCACAUCUUACAGACCUUCAGAUUUCUUCCAGUGAAAACAAUAGAUCUGUGCAAAGUGAUGUCUCGAGUACCUCUGGACUUGUUGGAGGAGUGCAGCCACCCAGUGUCUCAAGCAGUUCUGGGCUUACUGGAGAAGGGCCACCAUCCACUGUCUCAAGUAGCUCUGGGCUUGCAGCGGGAGUACAGCCACCCAGUGUUUCAAGCAGCUCUGGACUUGUAGGAGGAGUGCAACCACCAACUGUUUCCAGCAAUUCUGGUCUUGCAGGAGGAAUGCAGCUACCUGCUGUCUCCAGUAGCUCUUCUCUUGCUGGCGGGAUUCAGCCAACUAACGCCUCAAGUAGCUCUGGACUUAUGGCUGGAGUGCCACCACCAAAUGUCUCAAGUAGCUCAGGGCUUCUAGCUGGAGUUCAUCCACCUGGUGUCUCAAGCAGCCCUGGCCUUCUGACAGGAAUGCAGCCACCCAGUGUGUCCAGCAGCUCAGGAGUUCUGGCAGGAGUACAGCCACCGAGUGUUUCAAGCAACUCUGGGCUUCUCAUAAUGCCACCACCCAAUGUUUCAACUAGUUCUGGACUUAUGGGAGUGCCACCACCAAAUAUUUCAAGUAAUUCUGGACUUCUGGCAAUGCAGCAUCCAGCUGCAGUUCCAAACAUGCCUCAUUUAAAUAUCAGUAAUCAAAGAAUGCCAGGAAUGCCUCUUAUAGAUAUCCGUCCAGGCCUAAUGCCCCAUUCGCCUGGACCAAGAUUUCCUUUAAUGCAGCCAGGAAUGCCACCACAGCGUGCUAUUCCUCCUCCUGCAAUCCUCGAUCCAUCUCUUCACCCACCACCACCUCGAGGUCCUUUUCCUCCAGGAGAUAUUUUUAAUCAAACAGAAAGACCUUUUGGAACACCGGGAAGACAUAGUAUCGAUAACAUUUCUAAUCCAGAGAAAAGGCUACCACUUGGAGGUGAUAACAUUCAACAGGAGGGGGACAGAGAUUAUCGCUUUCCUCCGGUGGAAAACCGAGAUAAUCUUAACAGACCAUCUCCAGUGGAUGUCAGAGAUUCUGUUGGACGACCACCAGUUGAUCCAAGAGAAGGUAUAGGAAGGCCUCCGGUAGAUGGAAGAGAACACUUUGCUAGACCACAUAUAGACAUGAGAGAAAAUUUUGGAAGACCAGGUAUAGAUAACCUUGGCCGAAGAGAGCAUUUUGGUUUCAAUUCAGACAAGCACUGGGGACAGAGAGGAGAUUAUGAUGAAAGAGAGCACCAUGCCUUCCCUAUUUAUGGUGGCCCUAAAGGCUUCCAUGAAGACAGAGAGAGGUUUCGGCAUGUAAACUAUAGGUUUGAUAGUAGAAGUGGUCCCAGUUGGAAUAGAGGAUUUGAACAAGAUGCUCACAGAGAUUUUGAUGACCGCAGAAGACCCUGGGAAAGACAGAGGGAUAGGGAUGACAGAGAUUUUAAUUUUUGCAGAGAAAUUAAUGGAAACAGGUUUGGAAGAGACAGAAUGUCAAACAACUGGAUCCCGCCUCCACAUCCACGGGUUUUUGAAUAUUUUGAUGGGGCCACUUCUCAACGCAAAGCUGAUAAUAUGCCCCAGGUAAAUGGUGAAAAUACAGAGACAGAAAGUCAGCCACCAACUGCACAGGUGCAGGAUGAUCCAGAACUUUAUGAAAAACUGACAUCUUCUGUCGAGAUAAACAAAGAGAAGAGUGACACAGAAGCUGAUAUAGAGAGUGAACCAGUGGUAGAAAGCACAGAAACUGAGGGGACAUAAUCAUCACUCAGUAGGCAAGAUGAAGGAAGUUCUGGCAGCUUACCAUGUCCCGGGCUCUGCAGAGCUAAGUGAGAAGUGCUCCCAGUUCUAGCACGCAUCACAUCCCAUCGACCUUGGGUCUGGAGUGCCAGAAGGAUCCCAGCGCUGCGCUCUGAGACGGCUCUGAGCACCUCAGUACCCCCUUCUUGACAGAACCCAGGGAUGGCAAUAUUACACACCAGUAUUACCUGUCUGGGGCAGGUUUAAUUUUAUAAAUUAAAACAAUAAACUCUAUGAGUUUCUAGACCAUAUUUGUGCUGUUGAGGAUGAUCUGCUCAGAUGAACAGUUUUGCAUCCAUCGAAGAGACAGGUUCUUCUGCUGGACCAGAAGAUGACAGUGGACUGUAUAUUGUAACUAAUAUAAUUUGUAGCAUCUCCUAGUGCAAAUAAUUGAAGAACAGGUGGCCAGAAAAUCCUGUGGGGAAUAAGACAUGCUCUGUUUUGAUCUACAGAUUUUUUUAAAAGUUUUGGUUUUUUAAAGAUAACCACUUUUAGAUAACACUAUGUGUGCAGUCUAUGUGCAGCUCUUCACUGUGGCUAUCUGUAUUCCAGAGAUGAUGAAUGCCUUGUAAGACACCUCAACCUUUUAAAAUUUGUGAUUAAUCCUUAAAUUAUGAGAUUAUAAUGAAAAACUAGAAAGGAAAACUUCUAGGGCUUUUAUUUGACAGGAUGUCUCCAAUUACUUCCCAUUACUUCUCGUAAAAGGAGAAGGAAAAGGCAGGAAGUAGAAAUUAAAUACAAAACCCCCCAUGUUGCAUUUCUUCUUUUGGCAUAUGCACCUAUCUAAAUGUGUGUUUGAUGUAAUAUCCAAGGAGAGAGAAACAGCUAAAAAUUAGCUGAGCCAUCACACAAAAGGUCUGUGUUUUUGGGCAGAAUUUGCUAAUUUUGUCUCUUGAAUAGCUAUAGAAAAGAAGGAAUAUGUAUAUGCUCCAACAUAUGUGAAAAGGACAUACUUGCCAUUCCUUUAUUUAUUUUUGCUCUUUCAAAAAUUAAAGUGUCAGUUAUUUGGAAUGCUGUAGUCUGUGGUCUCUUUACUUUUGUUUAGUGAGAGCCUUUCAGCAAAAUCAUUCCCAUUACAGUGUAACUGCAUGGUGACCACAGCUUUGGGCCUGUAUAAUAAAGAUCUAAAUUCAAAAUUUUUUUUUCUCAGCAUUUUCUCUAUUUUUAUGUUGUAUCUGCAAGUCUUUAAUUGGAGUCCUGCUCAUUGCUGUGCCUAGAAGAUUUGGCAAUAUUUUUAGGAAGGAAUGUAUUUGUGUGGUUGAACCUCAUUCUCCUUUGUAUUAUUAUUACAACAGAUUAGAGGGCAGAUACAAAAAGUUAACAAAUCAAAAGAGAUGCUUAAAUUCAAUUUGCAAAUGAAUCCCCAGGACAAUAAGGACAUCAGUCUCUUUGCAUCCUUGAUUUAAGGACAUGCUCAAGUAUUUGGCAUCUGGUCUCUAUUAAUUGGUAAUCCUGCAAAGGUACUGGAGGAAGCAGCUGCAGAAAAGUUGAAUCUAAGCUGGCUUUGAUUUGCUGUGUGUGAUCUAUUGUGCUGAACACACAGCUGUGCUGUACAGCACAGUUCAAAAGCCAAUCAGAUUCUUUUUACUUCCUCCUUCUUAUUUUCUUCUCCAAAGACAAAAUUUUAAAUUAUAAAAAUGUUCUUCAUGUAGCAAUGAAGUUUGUGUGAAUGAAGUUUGUGUGAGCAAAAACUGCUCAUGGCAUUUCAAAAAUAAAUGUGGUCCUGACAAGGCUAUCUUAGCCAUGCUGCAUUUGGUUUGUCAACAAACAAAUGUUUGUUCCACUAUGGUUAGCUCAUAGCAAAUAUCUGAAUUCCUAUCAACAGAACACCUCUGACUUUCAAAAUCUUUUAGUUGGUCAUCACUAUUCUCCUGUAUGUAGCUGCAUGUGAAUGGUGGAGUGCUUACUGCAGUGGCAUCCAUACCAGUGCAUUUAAACACUGGUUUUAUGUGUUUAAAAUAAAAAUAAAAUAGGAGCAGACAGCAACAUCUCAGAGCUGCUGAUAAAUUUCAGCUAAUCUAAAGCUGAGCUCCUGCUCACCUUCUGCCCUGCUCACAGCUUCCCACGACCUCCCUCAAAGAGCUGCACACCUAAGAGGCUUCCUGGUGUGACUGAAAACAUCCUUGUGUAAGAGUUUAGCUCAUGUGCCAGCUCUGACACCAGGGAGAGGGUGGGAAGGAACACCUUUUAAUCAGCAGUUUAGUUUUAGGUUGGCUUAUGCUGAUAGAGCAUGCACAUCCUCAGGUGCCUCUGUGAAUUAACUGAUCCUAUUACCUAAACUUUCUGUUUCAGGAUAUUUCUUCCCUAUGGCUAAAAUGUGUUCCUUGAUUCAGUAACACCACAAGGAAAAUAAAGCACUGGAAAAUCCUUAGAAAGUAAUAUUAAUGGUGUCUUUAAAACUAAUUGUGCAGUGACAGUAUUUGUGAUACCAGAAAAAUACAAUGCCACAAAAGGGAUAUAUUCUUGCCAUUCAAAUUAUUCUGAAUAUCAAAAUGUUUUCAGAAAAACAGAAGUGAAAGCUGUGGGCCGUAACAGUAAGAGGGCAGCACAAGCCCGCUCUGCUUGCAGAGCCUGAACUAUUAAUCAGGUUUAUGUUCAGUAUGUGGACAGCUGGACCCACCAAUACUGUACAUGCUUGAGCUUGACCAUGGCACCAUUUGAAUAUGAAUGACAAGAAUUAAUUGCCCCAAGAGCAGGACCUUAUUUUGGAGAAAUGGCUUUUUGUCUGUACAGGAGGCUGCUGAAGUCUGA